AUGAGUUCGAAUCCCAAAGAUGCCACAGCUAUCCUUGGCAGGGAGUCCAAGAAUGGCGCCACACCUGUUAACGCGAUCAUCUGGUUUAACCGUCCUGUGGCCGUCCAAUCCAUAGAUAAAUGUCCAGCACAGGCCCGUUUUGGUGGAGUACAGGGCUGUUUUUGUGGAUUCCAUCUUCCCAGGGGAACCAGUGAUCAGCCUGCCUCCACUUCCGGUGCCGCCCCUACCCCGACCUCUGCCCAGACGAACAGACGAACUCCACUUAACAUAUCAGUGCCCUCAUCUGCCUCCUCCCCACUGUCUGAGAGUGCCAGCCCUUCUCCUUCAGCCUCUGUGACAGCCAGCACUCCUCCUUCCUCCACCUUGAAAGCAAGCUCUUUUCCUCCCGCCACUGUGAGAGCCAGCCCUUCUCCUUCAGAGUCUUUGAGAGCCAGCCCUUCUCCUUCAGAGUCUGUGAGAAUCCGCGCUUCUCCUUCAGAGUCUGGAGAUCUGAUCACCUCUGCUGCUCCCAGUGGUGUGCUGGCUUCUGCUCCUCCAGCUCCUGAUGAUGGUUCUGGGUCUGUUUCUUCUCUGCCAAAUGAAAUGAGGAAGAUGAUCCCCUUACAGGAUCAGCGGUGGAUUGCAUCUGCACUCUAUCACGGUGGCAGACUUCGGUCAGGCUUGAAGCUCUGGUACGAGCCUCCAGUCCUCAUCUACCACCAGGCUCCAUUACCAGACUGGUUCUUCACACACAGGCUCCUGGUGUGGAUGCCCUACCACCUCCUGGAAGGUCAGGCCGUUUUGUCCUGUCUGUGGGAAGCAACUGACUGGCUAUGGCAACCAUAAAAGGGCUCGCAGGGUGCUGGAUAUCGACAGGUAUUACCUGAUGGUGACAGAGACACUCAGGUGUACCAUUUGUCGUCUGAAUUACAUUUCCACCAGCCAGACAGUCCUGAACCAGCUCGACUUGCCCCACUGGACACUGUUUGGUGUGAUCUUGACAUACAAGUAAGACACAAUCUACACACGUGUUACAGAAUCUUAGUUCAAUAAAUAAUAAUAAAUGUUCAUUAUAUU